UAUCUGUUUGUGACAGUUCGGUCGACGUUUUACGAGUGUUGUCGGUAUCGCCAUUUGACGUAUAGCGAUAUUGUGAUUCGUGAGUUUUUAGUUUUUUACCCACUUUGCGAUUAUUUAUGUGAAAUUUGCUAGAAGGAAACGUUUUAAAAUGCAAAAAUGACAAGACGAUGGCCGUUGCGAUAUUCACAUCACGAUCCAAUUCGCAAGACUUCGAAGAGCGACGUGUACUUCUCACCGAGUCGGUGAAAAUCGGUCGUUCUGUUGCGAAGUUAAAGUCCGCGUCAAACAAUCUUAUAUUUGACUGCAAAGUUUUAUCUCGAAAUCAUGCUAUCGUCUGGUACGAAGGAGGCAAGUUCUUUUUGCAAGACACUAAAAGUAGCAAUGGUACGUUUAUAAACAAUGUUCGUCUCAGCAAGGGUGCAGAAGAAAGUGAUGCCAAAGAAAUAUUCUCUGGUGAUAUUGUCCAAUUUGGUGUUGAGGUUGUUGAGAACUCCAAGAAAGGAGCAGUGACACACGGAUGCAUCAUUGCAACGCUGACAUUGUUCACUCCAGAUGGUAAUGAAGCAAUGCGAGUUUCCACAUCUCAAGUUGGUACUACUAAUUCACAGUCCUACAAUCUAUGGCAGCUGGCGCAGUACAUUCAGGAAACAUCGCAUCGCCAAGAAGUGUUGUCAAAUAAAUUUAUGUCUUUGCAACAAAUCUUCAAUGAUGCACAAUCAUCCGUCAGUGAAACGUUUGAGAGUAUAAUUCAAGAAGAUAAACUUUUGACGAGGCUAGAGACACUUGAAAACCAUUUGGAUAUUGUCACAAAGAAUUGCACCGAAGACGAAUUGAAACAAGAAAUCACAAGACUCCACGAAGAUAAAAACAAAUAUGAAAUGGCUGCAAAGGAAGGACUUCGUCGAGUUACGGAGGAUAAGCUCAAAGCGAUCGAGAGAAUAACGAUUCUUGAAAAGUCUUACAACAAUGCAGAGGACGAGUGCAGCCAUUAUCAAACUCUUUACGCGAAAGCUCAAAAACAACUGGAAGAUUUAUCAACGCAGUAUGGUCAGAGAUUGGACGAAAUGAAUGAUCUGAGAAACCAGCUGACACAGAUGAGCGGCGAGAAAGCUGAUGCGAAGGAGGCUGUAGCGAAAGCUUCAAAAAAAGAACUCGAAUAUAUAUCUCGACUCGAAUCCAUGCAAGCCGAGUGCGAUUUCAGAAAGGAGCAGUUACUAGCAAUGCGUGCGCAAAUGGAUAAACGAAAAGAUUCGGCCAAAGGGAGUUCGGAGAGCGAUCGCAAAUCUCUGAAUGGUGACUCCGAAGAGUUAUGUUCGGUUGAAGAGACGAUUCAGACUUUAAAAGAUAAACUUCACGGAUUGAGAGAGGAGUCAAAAUCCAAGGAGGAUCGUGUCAACGAGAUCAAUGGCAAGGUUAAUAAUUACGAGCAAAAUGAUGAGGAUAAUGACGGGGAGCUUGCAAUUUUGAAAAAUGAGUUGGUUGAAUAUGAAAAAGAGUUGGAACAUUUGCGAGUCGAAAUCGACCAAACUGAAGAGCAGCUUAUGUGUUGUCAUCUCCGAGCAGUUGACGAUCUCGAUAAGGAAGACGACGCUUCAAAUAGUCUGAUUGUAAAUGAAGAUGACAUUCAGGAGAAUAUCUCCAAUCACGUUCAAGGCUUGAAUGAAGGCACGAACUACGAUCUUGAUAUGCUAGAUGACUUAGAAGCUGAACUUCAAAAUGUGAAGAACCAACUGUGUAGCUUUAAUGGCCAGAACGACGGAACUGAUUAUUCCUCUUUCCUCGAGAACAAUGUCGAAACUCGACAGAUCGAGGUGAUCGUACUGAAGUGCAUGAGACACAUUCAGUUCAUCAAAAAUGAGAUGUCCAAUUAUAAAGAGCUUGUUUCCAGUAAGAAUUACACUAUCUCAGCUUUAUCUGAUAGUGACUCUGGUACUGAAGAGAAAACCAUCCAAGAACUUCGUGAGCAACUCCAAACGGCCGAGAGCAAAGCGACUGAAGUGAGACAAGAAAUUCUGACUCUGAGAGAUAAACUUGUGGAAGAGCAAGAUACCGCCCGAGAACGAGAAGAGACGAUUGCCAACUUGCAUAGACAGAUUGGCGGGCUUUCACGAAGUCGCCUCCUGUCUGAAGUGGAAAAGACCGCUGAACAUCGUGCCGCGGAGUCGGCGAAGAGUACGGCUAAACACAUGCAGCAACAAGCAGCAAUCAGUGCAGAGAAGGCGUCGAAAAACAUAGUUCAAUUAAAGACACUGCAAGAGGAGAACAAGUUCCUUCUACAAAAAGUCCAAACACUCGAGAGCGAAUUGAAGUGGUCGAAGAAAGAAAAGAAACGAUUAGCGUCCGAACGCGAGAGGCUCGAUGUAGUUCAAUCAAAUCACGCUAACAAUUCAACGAGUUCAUCUCUUAACGAGGUACCUGAAGAUUAUGGGUCUGGUGACAAUGAAGAUCUUCAUCGAACUAACGAAAGUGCAAAAGGAGUCGAUAAUAUAGAUGAGCAAAGUUCUUAUACGAAAUACUUCUUAACUGCCAUGUUUUAUCUUAUCCUGGCAUUAAUUGUCUCUUUGACGUUUCGAGUAAUGGGAAAUAGAAAAAACAAUAAUCAAAACUCAACAACGUAACGUUGCAAUUUGGCAUCACGUGUCUCCUUGACUUUUCAAAUGAUGGGAAAUGGGGAAAAAAUGAGCAAAACUCAACAAGGUAACGUUGCAUUCUGGUGCAGAGCCCUGUAUUUGUAAGAGUUGGGACACGUGUUGUUCUCUGCAUUUUGGAUUAUGAUCAUGGUGAUUGGGUAGAUAUGGUCACGUGGGCAUCUAGCCGCCAUUUUUGCCCCAAAGUGCAGAUUAUGACCAUUUUUUACAUAGGAAAUAAAUUAUAGAAAAAUGUUUUCAAUGAUUUUAUGUUGCAUUAUAAUAGUGCCAAUGAAAGCGAUGAAGAAUAGAAACAUACGCGCUCCCUUGUGGCAAAAACAACAUUAAAGGCGUAUAAAUUACAUCUACUGCAUGAAAUAAAUGCUUUUCUAUUAUUAUGACAUCUAUAAACAACUGAGUUUCAAACAACUGGGAUCGCUGUCCAUUCAUGAAUUAGAAAACACAACAGAAAAUUUGUCUUUCCCGCCAUUUAAUGCUCUAUAUUUGCUGUCUUUGGAACAAAAAUGGCGGAAACUUAGCAAUUUUACUUCCGGGGUCCCAACUCUCCUAAUACAGGGCUCUGUUUUGGCGUCGCUUGUCUCCUUGACUUUUCUAAUGAUGGGAAAUAGAAAAAAUAAUGAGCAAAACUCAAGAACCCAGCAUUGCUUACAAAGUCUAUUGUCCAUCUUAUAAAGUCGAGAAUCGCAACGGUCUACUUACAUCAAUAAAACGCUGACUGUAUAUAUUCAAUUGGAGUUGGUGGCUCGUUUGGAUAUACAUUUGGGUCGUCACGUUAUUUUGAUAAGUUUAACAUUCAAGUGCAAACACGAUUUGUACCGUUUAUUUAAUUUUAAGGAUAUGUACUAAAGCUUGCAUAUUAUAUUUUUCAAAUUGUAUAUUUACUAUAGUAAUUUUUUCAUUAAAAUGAUCCGCUAUUUGACCAUUCGGUAA